UUCUUCAAUCGCCGCGAAGAUUUCACAGCGUUUGGGCGUGUUUUCUCCGUUCCUGCCACUGCAAAUCACCACAUAUGCGGGCCCAAUUAAUUCAUAAAUAAUAUACCGAACGAACAGGAAGAACGCCGUCACGGUUCUGCUUUCAAUUAAGAUUAUUGAUUGAACAACUUUCGCGAUAAAUCAAACUCCACAUCAAAUUCGCAUCUCUCUCUGUACGCGCUUGAGUGGGUGUGUGUGUGUGUGGGCAGCAUUUGUAUUAGUGCGUGAGCAAAUUAUUGUAUAAUCGCCAAAAAAAAAAGAAGAAAAACAAUAAAAGCAAAACGCCAACGCGAAAAGCAAAAGCUAUACAAUUAGAAAAAACAAGCUGAGCUAAAAAAACGAAACUAAAAUUUGUCAGUUGAACUAAGUAAUUGCGAAAAGAUACCAAAAACUGCUGAGUACAAAAAGUAUCUAAAAGAUUCAAGAACUGCCUGUGACCUACCAAAUUAAAUGAUAACCCCAAAGUAACUAAAAGUAUAGCAGCCACAAAGAAAACCAGUUGUUGAGCCACUGCAAACCAGCUGAUCCACCGAAAGACACCACGCAAAAACAAACCAACGAGCUGCUGAAUUCAUCGAUCAUUCAUCAGCAUGCAGGCCAUCAAGUGUGUGGUUGUGGGCGACGGAGCGGUGGGUAAGACCUGCCUGCUCAUCAGCUACACGACCAACGCCUUCCCGGGCGAGUACAUACCCACCGUGUUCGACAACUACUCGGCCAACGUGAUGGUGGAUGCCAAGCCCAUCAAUCUGGGCCUCUGGGAUACCGCUGGUCAGGAGGACUACGAUCGUUUGAGGCCGCUCUCCUAUCCGCAAACGGAUGUGUUUCUCAUCUGCUUCUCGCUGGUGAAUCCGGCAUCGUUUGAGAAUGUGCGUGCCAAGUGGUUUCCGGAGGUGCGUCAUCACUGCCCGAGUGUGCCCAUUAUCCUGGUCGGCACCAAGCUGGAUCUGCGCGACGAUAAGCAGACCAUCGAGAAGCUGAAGGACAAGAAGCUCACGCCGAUCACCUAUCCCCAAGGACUGGCGAUGGCCAAGGAAAUCGCUGCGGUCAAGUAUCUGGAGUGCUCGGCCCUGACCCAAAAGGGUCUGAAGACGGUCUUCGACGAGGCCAUACGAUCCGUGCUGUGUCCUGUCGUCCGCGGUCCCAAGCGGCACAAGUGCGCCCUGCUCUAAGAACUUUGAACCCACCCAAAACAAAAAAAAAAAACACAAAAAAGCGAAGAACUCUAAAAAAAAAAAGAGGAAAAUGAGAAGAGAACAAAGCGCAAAAUUCUGUGCAAAAUAUUCAUAUUCGCUUUGUUGGGUCUAUAGUUACAGCAGAUAGUGUGAGUGUGAUGUGAAUGGUAGUGUGAGUGCGAUGUGAGUGCGUCUCUGGGUUGCGAGUGUGACGGCAUGAGUGUGUGAAUGAGUGUGCGUAUUUUUGUUUUUAUUGUCAGCUUUAUGUGGGGGAGCAGCAGCCACAACAAGAACAACAACAACAGCUAUCAACAGCAAGGGGACUACAAGGGAUGGGCGGGGAGCGUGGUGGGGCAGGGGUCUCUGGGGGGCAGAUCACGGAUAGAAAGAUACACACAUAAGCAUACAAGUAUGAUAGUGUGCGUACACGAUGAAAUAAAUGUUGAUAAACUUAUAAAAUUAUUGAAAGUAAUAUUGCUCAAAUUUUAUUAACUAUUUAAAGGGGUUUUCUUACUGCCACCACAGUUUCUACAUUGCUGCAGAUUACAUGGUUACAUUUUUCUGUUCUUAGUUAUUUUUGCGUAGCAUUUUUAAUGACUAACUUGUUUUAGUAUUUAGAUUAAAGAACAGCUCAUGACUUACAAGAAUUGACAUUUACAAAAUGUUUUCGAUUAAACAAUAUUAAAAGAAUAUUAAAAGUAGGACUUUAGAAGCUUAACUAUACUAAUGUAUGCAGAAAACUGUAGCUGCAGUUUAAAGAAAACUAGUUGAAGUUCAUAAAAUGCCUUAAAAAAGCAAGUGCAUCAGGAUAAACAGCACACAUUAUGACUUUCUUGUGUUUUUUCAAGCAAAAUUCGGUCCGAGAAAGGUAUGACAAAUAAAGUUAAAUGAAUUGUAAAUAAAUCUAGACGGUUUAAAGCCUUUAGCGCCCCAAACACUGUCACUAUAACAAGAACCAGAUAGCUGUUAUCUGGGUGGGCGAGAAAAACCGCAGGAAAGGCCCCGCCUAUGGCCAAUAUCUGAACAAUCGGGAAUCGGGGAAUGUGGGAAUGUGGGAAGCCGACAAAUGAAAACGAAACUUUCAUUUAUACAUACGAGUAUAGUAGAUAUUAGAGUUAUGAAGGAAUGUGUGUGUGUGUCUGAUCAAUGGUCUUCCCGCUCAAUGCAUUUGCAUUUGGCAUUUGACUUGAUUUAAUGUAUACUAAAUGCACAAUUAGCCACUACUUUCAUGUUAAUUUAUAUACUGAUAUUUAUGUUAAAUAAAUGCAUAUACUUUGCCAAUUUGUUUUUAACGAAAGAAAGCGGUAAAUAAAAAAAACCAACACUUUAUUUAUAUUAACACAUAAUUUACCAAUAAAGAGUGUAAUAUUAAUCAAC